CCGUGUGUCUGAAUGAAGUCCGUCUAAUGUCUUUUGCGAUCUCAGGCAGCGUUUUACUUUUAAACAGUCAUUUGUGGUCGGGUCACGAUGUCUUUAAUAAGAAUUAUUUUAAAAAUUGUGGUGGUUCUUGGUUUUCUGGUGUUGACAGUUCAGUUUCUAAGAUAUUGGAUGGCAAAUAAACAAUAUGUUUUUACAAAAGAAGAUGUUACCAGGUUAGCCAGACAGUAUGCAGGCCAGGACCACGAGCAAGCCUUCUCUAAGGUGGUGGUGGAGCUGAGGAAGAGGUAUCCGGGCCACAUCCUGCCCGAUGAGGACCUGCAGUGGGUGUUUGUGAAUGCGGGCGGCUGGAUGGGCUCCAUGUGUCUGCUGCACGCCUCUCUAACAGAGUAUGUGCUGCUGUUCGGGACGGCCGUGGACACGGGUGGACAUUCAGGUCGCUACUGGGCAGAAAUAUCAGACACUAUCAUUUCCGGGACGUUCAGGCAAUGGAAAGAAGGAAGCACUAAAAGCGAGACUUACUAUCCAGGAGACACUAUCGUGCAUGCGGUGGGAGAGGCCACGUCAGUGCAGUGGAGCGCCGGGACAUGGAUGGUGGAGUACGGCCGAGGAUUCAUUCCCUCCACGCUGGGCUUCGCUCUGGCCGACACCGUCUUCAGCACCCAGGACUUUCUAACUCUAUUUUAUACUGUACGUGUUUAUGUGAAGGGUAUGAUCCUGGAGGCUAGCACUUUCCUCACUGACACCGGCGUCCUCUGAAAACCACACAACGCCACACGUCACGUCCCUUUGUUAUUCCGAAAAUUGAUCACAACAUCAGGUGUUCGUUUGCUAAUGGAGAACCGACGACAUGUUGAAUUGUCUGUAUGGAAAGCACUUAAUGUAAUUACUUUUCCAAUGAUUAAAGUUUUAUUUUCCAUACUGUACAAAGAGUUUAUCAAAUGUCUUUUCUAAAAGUGAAACAUAUUUGUUGGUCAACAGACUGUUUGUGGUCCAGCGUCUGUGUCUGAACAUGGCAAGAUGUUUUAGCACCUCAGUAUUGUCCAGAAACGGUUAAUACGAGGUUUAGAUUAAAAAUCAGAAGACAUUUUCCGUAUUUCCAGAUCACAGUCUUUGCACCUUCAAUAUACUGUGAAUGUUAAUUGUUGAUUAGUUUUCCAUAAAUUACAAUUGCUGUUCAAAACUGAUGUGUCUAUGUUCAGCCAGAAUAAAACCAUUAAUUA